UUCUCUCUUUUGCUAUCACUUCACCAGCAGUUUGUUUGUAUCCUUGUGCAUUUCAUACGUAUUCAAAAGUUCUCCUCUUCCUCCUCCUCUGUUGCCCUUUUGAUAUUUGGACAACGUGAGAAAUGAGGGAAGGGAGGGCUACCACACUGUUCACUCCUGCCUUCCACCACAUAACCGUUCACUGAAGAGAAAAGCCAAGAAAUCAAUUUGAAAAAAAAAAAAAAAAAAAAAAAAAAAGAGAAGCAGUGAAAUUUAAGACAGUGAUGACAUAAUAAGAAACAUGAUGAUAACUGUGAGAGAAAAAAAUUGAUAACUAAGAUAUCCAAUGAAUUAGAGAACCAAAGAAAGGAUGCAAAAAACACCAGUGUAUAUCUAAUAAAAAGAAGAAAAAGGAAGGAAAAAAAUAAAAGAGACAAAGAAAGGAGAGAAACACUAAGUUAAACAAGACACUGCAAAAAAAACCUGCAAGCAAACCCCUCCCCCAUUAACUAUCAGUCAGUCAGUCAGUGAACCAGUACCCUAGGCAUAUCAGUCAAUCAGGCUCCUUAGUAAAACAUGUCACUUUUCACUCACAUCAGUCAGUCAGUCAGUCAGUCAGUCAGUCCCUUUCUCAGCACCCAUCAAAUCCCAAAACAGCAUUAAUCAGUCAGUUUGUCCCAUGACAUAACAUUUGUCAGGCAGUUUGCCCAUUAAAGCAGUCAAUCAGCCAGUCAAGUCCCAUUACUUACUAUCAGUCAGUCAUUUACCCAGUUAAAUCAGUCAGUCAGUCAUUUAGUCCCAUAGCACACCAUUAGUCAAUCAAUUACCCCGUAAAACAGUCAGUCAGUCAGUCAAGUCCCAUUGCUUACCAUCUGUCAGUCAAUCAGUCCUGUUGUGCACCAUUAGUCAUUAGAUCCACAAAACAGUCGGUCAGUCUAUUUCACAUCACCAUUUACUCACCACCUUUACAAUGGCAGAAAAAGUCAUAGCUGCUAUCUCUCUGGCUUGCCUUUUGAUUGACACUGUACUGAUCCUGAUAUGCUCUGCCAAACAUUUCAUGAGGGGCCUCCAUAGCAAUGGAAUAUAUCACGGGGCCAUCACUCUCACCAUCUACUGUCUUGCUGGGAUCAUCACAAACAUCUUCCAUUUUGUGAGGCAUGAGCUAUCCAGAAUGGCACAGAGGAGUGAAGUGAAGAAAAUUAAGACCAUCCUGCUUAUCUUCAUUCCAAAUUAUUACCUUGUAUUUUGGAGUGUGAAGAGAUUCAUCCUGAGUGAGAGCCUGACGGUCAAGUGUUGGACGGCUUCCCUCAGGAUCUUCUAUUGUUCCACAGGCUCCCUCACGCAAGCUGUUUUCCAGGGUUACCUGGUGGUCAGGCUGUGGUGGGAGGAGGGUGUUUCUAAUGUUGACUACAUCAUCGUGAUAGUAACAGCGGUGUACCUGUGUCUGUACGCCAUCUAUGGGGUGUGUCGCUACGUGUGGGUGCAGUACUACGACGAGACAGGCAGCUACCUCCCAGCCAAGCACAUUAUCCUCAUCACCUUCACCUUGACGCUCAACAUGAGUGGGCGAGUGGCGGCCAUGUCCGUGGUGAUGGGGACCUUAGGAUGGUACUGGCUCCUCUUCGCAAUCAUCAGCCCUUUCUUAGUCAACUUGGCUGUCUACACUUACACAGCCAUUCAGAGGGGCUCACACUCCACAGGCUGCUUUGAGAACACCUGCCGAUACAUCAACUUGGUACCUCUGGCCCUCCUCUCCUCCAUGACAGUAUCCGACAAGAGAUCCCUGACCGUGCUCACAACAUUUGCUUGGAUGGGGUCGUACUUCCCACAGAUUCUGAAGAACCACACUACCAAGUAUCAGUGGCUGGUCUGGUCUAUCCCGACUGUUGCUCAGAUCGCUGCCUUGGUGAUUAUGAUGCUGCAGUGGGAGGUUUUUAAGGUUGCCUUCUACAGAUUCAGUCGUGUAGUGAGGCAGCCAAGUGGAUGGCAACUUCAGAGAAAACCAGACAGAAAUGAGAGAGCAGAAUUAAAAUCGUAAGGUUAAUUGUUGUAUGUGGUGUUGUUGUGAUGUAGUGGUGGUGCUGGUAGUUGUAGCUCUGAAAGUAAUGGUUGAUAUGGGAGAUGUAGUUGUUGUAGUAAUUGUAAUAGUUGUUGUUGUUGUUGUAAAGGUAAGGUACAGGAAUAAUUGUUGUUGUUGUUAUUGUUGUUGUUAUUAUUCUAUGGUAUGAUUUUGAUCUAUUUCUAUCCCCCAUGAGGUUAAAUAAUGAAACUAAAAUUUGAGAAUAAUAAUUAA